AUUUAAAUAUAUUCUUUGAACAAUUGCUCACUUCAAUGUGGAAAUGUUGGCAAUUACGUUAACAAGGUGAAUGAGUGUGCCUGAUUAAACCCCUUAUUGUAUUAAUAAUACGUUACAAGGCAGGGGAGCUGUUAAAUAAACACAAACGAUCCUCAGGUGUGUGCUAAAUUUGCGGGGAAUAGAGAUUCCCACAAUGUAUCUCUUUUGCCCAGACAACAAGACAGUUCCAACUGCAGAACAACAUGUUGACAUACCCUCGCUUACAUUGAAGCCAAGGAAACAAUUGAUAAGGUCGAGAAAAUUUAUCGUUAACCCAGAUUUAGAACCCAAAGAGACUCCGCAUUCAAGAAGCAUCAGCGCUCCAUCGUUGACAAUCGUUUUACCACGCGUCACUGAAGAAAUUCCUGGAAACGACCAUUCAUGCGAUCGUCUACGGAAUGAAAGCGAUGUUGGAUCUCUCAAUGUUCCACGGCAGAAAAGUCGCGAUAUUUGUAAAGGAAAGCCGUUCAUCAAUACUGAAUUUCCGUUUGCAAUCUACGUGGACAACAAUAUGAAGAAAGACGAAGUUACAAUGAAGCAGAAAGGCGUGCUCCCACAAGUUGAUGGUCGUUCGUAUCAUGGCGACCGAAACGAAAAUAAUGCAAAUCGAACGAUAGAAAAAACAAUAUCAAAUUCAAAGAACGAUCUUAGUUCAACAAACCUGCCAACUCUUAGCCAGAGGCAAUUUUCAUCCAAUUCUGACAACACUGAAAUGCGAAAGAAAAACACAGACAUGAGACGUGGUCAAUCGUUACCAAACAUUGCUUCAGCUUGUGGUGCAUUUGAAAUUAUAGACAAAGAGGUUUCACCCCUCCAUUCAAUUGAAUCGUUACCCAAAAGACGACCAACGAAAUCAAACGCGAAACAAACUGUCACAAAACACCGAAGAAGUAAAAGUACAGAUCGGACUGCAGAAGCUGUUGCUACAGAUCAAGAGACGAAAAUCUUAGCCUCCAUAUUAUCAACAAAAAGACAAUCUUCAAAACAUUCAAAAAAGAAAGUUAAUUUUGAAAUUCAACAACACAAAUCAGCGAAUAAAGCAGAUUAUAAUUGGUUGGAUUGGAGCGUUUAUAAAACAGAAGGACAGUUGAACAAUGAGCGAAGUUUAUCCCCAUCGAGCUUGGCUGCAAGAAAGGGUAGCGCAAGAAAUACUACACGUGGUGAAUUCAACACUGAUUGCGAGUUGUCUUCAGACGAUUCCAACAGUAAAACAUCGGAUUCUGAGACUGCUAGUCCCGAGGACAAUUCUGAGAAAAUGUGUAUACGAACUACCAGGUCAAUGGACAAUUCAAAGAAUUUCGAAACAAAACAGCCUGCAGUCGAUAUUAUUUCGCAAAUUCCGAAAAACACGAUUAUCGUAUCCAAACUGAGAAUCUCAAGGUAUCUUGAUAAAGGUAAUACAUUGUCAUUAAACAAAAAUAUCGAUGGAGAACUAGCCUCUAAUGAAAGUAAAACAAUGGAACAUAAAAGUCGAUCGUACUUGACUGAGCAACGGCCUUCAGAUGUGGCAUCUUUGCAAAAAUCUAUAGAUACUGAUAACAAAACCAAUGAUGACCGAAUAGGCAAUCAACAAACACAUUCCGAUGUCCUAACCGGAUUUUUUACUUCCCACAAGAAAUCCUUGAGACCAAAAUACCAAUAUAAUAAAAAGAACAAAGAUAACAGUAAUAGCAAUGCAAGAUGUGAUGCAACGGGUGAAUCGGAAGAUAAACCAACCUUCCCAUCGAGUCCAAAAUCACACAGCCUUUCGGUUCGUCAUGCAAUACAUGGUCUGCGGAGAACAUAUACUAAGCUUGACAAAAUAGAAACAAGAUUUACCAAAAACAACACUCAUGCAAAACAGCAUGCUAAGAAUAGUGACAAAUCAGACCCCAGACGAACAGUGCAAUCAAAAACUACGAAGACCUCAAAAGUAGAUCUUAAUUCUGUGUCAAAAGCAAAACAAACGAAUCAUAUAGAAAAGAAAUCAAAACAAAACAGUGAUCAUAUACAUGAAAAUAAAGAUGAAGCCCUUCACCAUGAUGAUGAAGGCGAUGUUGCAUUCGUAAGAGACGAGGAGCCUACUCUUAAGGAGUACAAUCCAGAUUUCAAUACAGUUCAUGAUGACAACAAGCCAUCGAGGAAACGUGGAAUGUUUGGGUUUGAAGACUAUACCAAAUUCCAGCAUUCUAAAUUCGAGAGAGAUAAUUCUGGUCUCGCGAGGAAAAAUUCAAUCCUCGGUAAAGAUAAUUCUUUUCUUUUGUCAACGAUAGGUCCAGUGAGGCUGGAUCGUGAUGCAGAAACAGUCAAUAAACUAAGGAAAGUCAAAAUAGCCGAAGAAGUCUCAAAAACCUAAAAAGCGUGUUGAAUUAUCAAACUUUCUCGCUAUAGUCUAGUGAGUUUAUUUUAAGAUAGGUUCCCAGAAAAAUGCCAUGGGCAUUUAAAAAAAAAAUCUGAUGUCACACAUCUGAUACCAAAAUAUAUUUCCUAUUUUUAUGUUACCACCAAAAAGUGACGACAUAUCUCCGUUUUUGUGACGGCAGCUUGUGAUCGGCGGGUGGCGGUUGGCGUCUGUAACAAA